GGAACAGUUAGGGGAAUUUCAUUAUUACUGCGCUUUAUUUAUCUUUUGCUUUGACAUUUGAGUUUGAGAUAACUUCAGUGAUUUUUGUGCUGUUUUAUCAAAGCUACAAAGCUUAUUAGUCCUCCAUUACACUAUAAAUCCAAAAAUGUCUAAAGUAAACGAUCGAGACCGAGCACCGAAUUAUCAAACAUACAAACUAGUAAUAGUCGGUGGUGGUGGUGUUGGAAAAUCUGCUAUCACUUUACAGUUUAUACAGAGCUAUUUUGUAACUGAUUAUGACCCCACAAUAGAGGACUCAUACACCAAACAAUGUGUCAUAGAUGAUAUCCCUGCAAAACUAGAUAUUUUGGACACUGCUGGACAAGAAGAAUUCAGUGCUAUGAGGGAGCAAUAUAUGAGGUCUGGAGAAGGGUUUCUACUUGUGUUUUCAGUAACAGAAAGAUCCAGCUUUGAUGAAAUAUACAAAUUCCAUAGGCAAAUAUUAAGAGUUAAGGAUAGAGAUGAGUUCCCUAUGCUCAUGGUUGGGAAUAAGGUAGAUUUAGAGCAUCAGAGAGUUGUAUGGCAAGAGGAAGCCCAACAAUUAGCCAGGCAGCUGAAGAUACCAUACAUAGAAUGCAGCGCAAAAAUGAGGAUGAACGUUGAUAAUGCAUUUUAUGAGUUGGUUAGGGUAGUCAGAAAAUUUCAGCUGUCUGAGCGACCCCCACUGAAACCAAACUACAUUAAAAGGAGUAAGAAAAAAUGUAGCAUUCUUUAAAGUUGUUUUUCUGUAGAUACAUGGACUGUUUGAUACAAACAUCACCUGUACACAAAAGUGACUGGUGUGAUGCUUUAGUACAUAUCAUUGGCCUUAUUUCUAUGAUGCCUGAUAUUUGGAAAAAAAGCAAACAAGGCCAUGCUGUAAUAUCUACAUUUUCCUAAAAAAAAAUAAAAAAUAUAAUGGGGUGUUUUCCACACCAAAAUUGCAUUUUUAAUUGCUGAUACACAUUGUUUACAAGCAUUUUUGAAAUUCGUUGCACUUUUUUCUUUUCUAAUUUCACUAGUGUGUUCUGAAAAACGUAUUUAAGAUUUAUGUGUUGAAAGCGAAUUCAUGUGUUUAAAAGAGAAAAGGUGAAAAUACUUAGAAUAUACUGUUUAGAGAUAAAAUAUUGGUAUACUGUAAAUUUUUUUUUGGAAAAUACCCCAUCAUUUUUUAUAUCAAUUCAACGAUUUUUUGCUUCACCUGUUAGAAAGGCACUUUCAUUUUAUAUUACGCAGCUUUAAGACUGUUCUAUAAGCUACAUGCAGACUUUAUGCUUGUUUCUCAGGUAAUUUAUCUUUCGAAUAUAACAAAUAUACCAAAAAUCAAAAAUUAUCGAACUUUUCCCCUCCUUUGAACUGAAGGCUUAUCAUAAUACCUUGACAAUGUUUGUCUUUCAUAAUCAGAAUUUGGCAGAAAUAUCCUACCUCUUAUAUUUAACAUACAUGUAGCUUUUUGCUAAGUGAUUCACACCAAUCACUAUAUUGUGAUUUUGAUGUCUAUAUAAAAAGUCACUUUUGGAUAUAUUUUCAUACUGCUCCGUGCGACUGUUAAGUUAUAGUAAAAUGUUGAUGAUAAAAUAUCAAUGGGAAAAUACUUAUUUCAUCCCAUUUUUGUGAUUCUACCCAAGCCAGAUGAUUUUCAGCUUUUUGUACAUAUAUUAAGGAUAGCAAAUCACCUAGUUUUAUUUUUUAUACGUAAAUUUUUUCGAGGUGUUAUUCUUAUCUGUCUUUUGUGACAUAUGGGGACAGACUGAACAGAUAAAUAUGUAGAUUGCUUUGUAUGUUAGUCUGAAGACAUGUUUUUUCAAUAGCAAAAUACUGCCUAUAAAAUUAAGUUAUAUGCACCAUUUCUACCAUCCAAAAUAACUAAUGUGCAUUCCAUAUAAAUGGUGCAUAAAGUGUUCAUUAGUAUUUAUUUGGUAUAAUGUGGAUGCUCAAACCUAAUUUGUAUUUUUAAGUGUUCAGUCUAUUCCUAGAACACCUAUAUAUAUACUGGAUUUUGUCCAUUACACAAUGCUGGAAAUUUGAAAUUUCGGAACUAUAUCACACCGAAUUUUUGUGUAUGGAAUAUUCUAUGUCCUAAUGCGUUUUGCAUUCGUCCGGCGACGAAAUAUUAUAUAUGAAUGUUCAUAUAAUCAAUAUACACAGAAAUUACUGACAUACAUUUUAUUUAUCUGUGGAUUUCUGUUAUUUCUAGCUGUAGAGGGAUACUUAUUGAGCAUUUUCUCGUGCAGCUCUUACCAAAAUGAAUUCCAUCUCAAAAUUGGACAUUCUUUUUCCUUUAAUAAAUUUGUUGAUCUGUGGAUCAAUUACACAGAAAAUGCUUAUAAAGUCUCUGUAUUGGAUUAUUAGUUUAUGUAUGUUUUACCGUUACGAUCUCUAUUGCUUAUGUGUUAUAGAAUGAAGCUAUUAGAUUGCUAAAAAUGGAAAAUACUUUUGCAAAUUGCAGCUUAUAUAUUUAGUGGCCUAGUUUCUUGUUGGAUCACCAGAUUUUUUUAUGAUGCAAUUCAAGCUGUCACAGUAGUGGUAUUGUUGCAUUAUUAAUUUCAUAGUAUAGUCCUUUGCACAACAGUGCAUCAAGGCUUUGUCUGUUAUAAAUUGUAAGGCCUCAAGACAAAAUAAAAUAACUUUCAAUUACUAAGUAUUUUCAAAAUAAUCAUGACUUGAAAGUUUACUUUCCUGGACUUUGUAUUCUGCUUCAUCAGAGUAUAUUUCUUGUGUAUCUAUUGUCAGAUGUGUACAAGAAAAAUCAUCAUAGUUUACUAUUAUACCAUGACAGCUUUUAUUUUACUAUUAAUUUGCAUAGGGUUCUCUACAAUGUCCAAGCACAGCCACUUUGUAAAUGCUACCAUAUGUAAAAGCAUGACAUUUGUUGUACAUGCUAUGUGCGCAUAAUAAACUCAAUUUUCUUCAAUAAAAUUUGAAUUUGUGAUCUCCAAAGUCCAAAUUACAUAGCUGUUCUUGUUGAGAUACCUUUUAUGUGGCGCGUGUUCACAAGUUGAAAUUAGCAACAUAGAAUUAUGAGAAAGUUUUAAUAAUGUCAAUUAAUUACUUAACGAAUGAAUUAAUGCUUUAAUUGAUUAAAAUUGUUAUUUUUGGAAUAUAUUUAGUGCGUAAUAGUUAGAACAUGUUGAAACACAAAAAAAAAUGUUCUGCGAGAUACUCAUAACCGAUUAAAGGAGAUUGAAAAAGUAACUGGAUUGUAUUUAUGUACUUGUUGAAACUUCUAGCAUACAAUCCUUACAGAAGAAAUGAGCUAUUUAGCUUCGACCAUGUUAUAAACUAAAUGUUAAAUGGUUUCAAAGGCUGAAAGGAAGUAUGUAUCAAAAAUAUUGUGUAUUUAGUAAAUCUACCAGCUUUUAUACUCUAUUUUGUAUGAAACAAUACAUUCAAAAUUACUUUGCCUUAAACGUGUAUAUUUAAACGCUUAUGUACCGUAUCCACAUCUAUGUGUAAUGCAUGAUUAUGUUCGUGUACAGUACAAAAUAAAAUUAGAUCUGUUUGACAAAUUCUUCAUUCAUUAUUCAUCCACAUAUAGACAAUAAAUGAUUAAAAUUAGCAAGGAAUAACAUUACAAAAAUACAUUGCUGCAGACUAGUUCACAACCAUUGAGCUGCGCUCACUUGAUUGUUGUAUAAUGACCGAGAACUUUUAACAUCUACCAAUUACAAGAGUGUUUCCGCUACUGAGCUCUGUCUGCCGAAUGCAAGUGUCUCGGUUCUUGUCAAAUAAAUCCUAAUAUUACAAAAAAUAUUGUUAAACUAUAUAAAAAUGUAAUCUGAAUGUAUGUUGAUCAGAUGUCUGUAUCUGAUAUGGUGCUAUAUUUUUUGAUUUGUGUCUUUGAUAAAGUGUGUUCACACUAAUUACAAUUUAUUAAUAAAUAUCUUAAUGUCUUGUC